GUUUAGUUCCCCCUCAUCCGGGUGUUUCAAACUUGAAAGCGAGACUUAGCGCGAGGAUGCGUGACAGUUUUUUUGUAGUUUGAAAUUUUAACAAAUUGCAGGGAAAAUAUUGUGAAUGGCAACAGGAUUUGGAAGAGGCGGGCGGGGUGCUGCUCUUUUGCAAGCACUGAAUCAGCCCGUCAGGAAGCCAGGAGAACAAGAUGAGAAAAAGCCAGAAUCCUCAGGGGAUGCCCCUGCACCUCCUCCAGCAGUAUCAACCACAGCAACUGGUCAGGGAAAUAUACCCAUGGGGAGAGGAUCAAUGGGGCGUGGGGCUUUUUUACAGGGGCUUCUGCAAGGUGCUACAACUUCAGGAUUGUCUAGAGGACAACCAACAGCACAACAACCUACACUUCCUGCUACUGGGGGAAGAGGUAUUGCCAAUCUUCAAGCUCUUUUAAAGAGUGCUGGAAGAGGAGGAGGCAUAACAGGACCUUCACCAGCACCACAGAUGCCUCAGGUUACCCCACCCCCACAGGUUUCAGUCAGUACCCCCCAGCCUUCAGUCAGUACCUCCCAGGGGUCCACACCUGCUCCCUCAGUUACCUCUCAGUCAGGAGUGGCACCAAGCAAAAUGUCUUCAGAUCCGCCCAGUAGCCGACUCAGCAAGAUGGCUCUGGAUCGUCCACCCACUGUCAAUAAAUCGGGCACUGCAGGCAAACCAAUGGCUUUAUCUGGAAAUUACAUCAGGAUAAUGCAUGAGGAUGCUAGAGUGUAUCAGUACCAUGUAUCUUUUUCUCCAAGCAUUGACUCAAAGAAUAUGAGAUUUAAACUAGUAAACAAUGUUCGAGAUGUCAUUGGAUUUACAAAGGCGUUUGAUGGGUUCAUUCUUUAUUUGCCACAUCGCCUUCCAAAUGAAGAGACGGUGCUACAAAGUAAGAGGCCAACUGAUGGCGUUGAUAUUACUAUCACCAUCAGAUUAACAAAAAUGAUAAUGCCAGUACAAUGUGUUCCUCUCUAUAAUAUCAUAUUCAGAAGAAUAAUGAACAUUCUUGAAAUGGUUCAAGUUGGUCGUUAUUACUACAACCCCAAAACACCAUCAGUUGUUCCACAACACAGGCUAGAAGUCUGGCCAGGGUAUAUCACAUCGGUGUGUGAAAAUGAAGAUGGUCUCAUGCUGUUAGUAGAUGCCAGUCACAGAGUGUUGAGAACAGAAACAGUACUUCAGCUGAUGAAAACUACUGUGCAGAAGAAUCCCAAUGGCUUCCAGGAUGAGUGUACACGGUCUUUGGUAGGAACAAUAGUCCUCACACGUUACAACAACAAGACUUAUCGUAUCGAUGACAUUUUGUGGUCCAAAACUCCACUACACACCUUCAAGACAAGCCAAGGGUCAGAGCUCUCCUUUGUAGAUUACUACAGGAAUGCUUAUCAUAAAGAGAUUACAGACCAGGAGCAGCCUCUACUGCUACACAGACCUAAAAAGAAACAACUACCUGGUGGUAAAGUGCCUGAAAAAAGUGAAGCAAUUUGCCUUAUCCCAGAGUUUUGCUAUUUGACUGGGCUUACUGAUGAACUGAGGCAAGAUUUCCGAGUGAUGAAGGAUCUUGCUUCACACACCAGAGUGACACCAGAGCAAAGAGUGGCGACUAUGAGGAAAUUCAUCAAUGCUGUCAAUAGUAACCCAGAGGCCAAGAAAGAGCUGACCAACUGGGGGCUGAGCUUUGCCGAGAAUACGAUAGAUAUUGCUGGUAGACAAGCUCAGCAGGAAAAGAUCAUCUUUGGUAAUAAUUACACGUGUAUGGCAGGACCCCAGGCAGACUGGAGCAGGGAUGCCACCCGCAGUAAGGUCCUCACUCCUGUCGACCUGAAGAACUGGACUCUGUUAUUUGUUAAGCGGGAUGCAAACAAGGCCAUAGAGUUUAUGAACAUGAUGCAGACUUGCUGCCGGCAGAUGGGCAUUCAGUGUAACAAGCCAAAUCAAAUUCAGCUUAAUGAUGAUCGUGUGGACAGUUUGAGUAGGAAUCUCAGAGAUAGCAUCAAUCCAUCGGUCCAGUGUGUGGUUGUUGUUUGUCCAACAUCCAGAGAUGACAAAUACUCCGCUAUCAAGAAAAUUUGCUGUGUUGAAAUGCCAGUUCCCUCUCAGGUGAUCAUCGCCAAGACAAUUUCGAAACCUGACAAGUUGAGGAGUGUUACUCAGAAAAUUGCCCUACAAAUUAAUUGCAAGCUUGGAGGAGAGCUGUGGGGAUUAGAUAUCCCAAUGUCCAAUCUGAUGGUAGUUGGAAUAGAUGUUUACCAUGAUAAAGCACAAAACAAGAGAUCGAUCGCCGGGUUUGUAGCCAGCACUAACAAGAUGUGCAGUCGCUGGUACUCCAAGACAGUACUUCAGAUGCCCGGUCAGGAGCUCAUUGAUGGACUCAAACUUUGUAUGACUUCAUCCAUCAGGAAGUAUCAUGAGGUUAACCAUGUUUUCCCUGAGAAGAUAGUUGUCUUCCGUGACGGUGUAGGGGAUGGAGAUCUUAAGUAUAUUGACCAUGAGAUUCAGCAGCUACAGCAGUGCUUUGGAAACUUUGGAGGAGAGUAUGCUCCCAAACUCUCAGUCGUGAUUGUACAAAAAAGGAUAAAUGCACGAAUUUUCUUAAAGGGAGAUCGAGGCUUUGACAAUCCUCCACCUGGUACUAUUGUGGAUCACACCAUUACCAGGAGAGACAAGUACGAUUUCUUCAUUGUCUCCCAGCAUGUGAGGCAGGGAACAGUUUCCCCCACUCACUACAUCUGUGUUCAUGACAGUAUUGGAAUGAAACCUGAUCAUCUUCAGAGGCUCUCCUACAAAAUGACACACCUGUACUACAACUGGCCCGGUACUGUCAGAGUACCUGCUCCUUGUCAGUAUGCCCACAAGCUGGCCUAUCUGGUGGGACAGAACAUCCAUAAGGAGCCCAGUGCUGAACUCUCUGACAGAUUGUUCUUCUUGUAAACCACAUGUAUUUCCAACACUUCCAAGAUUCAGGGAUGCUUAAGACAAGGCAGCAAUUUAUAUGGAUAUCAGUGUCUGAAUUUUGUUUCUUCUGUGUCAGCAAAGUAGCUGAAGGUACUUUAGUUAGGUGAAAAAUAGUGAGAGCUAUUUAUUUUCUCGUGGUUCCUUAAUGGCAGUCCCUGUCUGUGUUAUUUUGUAAAGGAUACUUUUAGAACUUAGCUUUUACAUAGACUUGACAUAUUUUUGUUUUGUUGUUUUUUUUUUUUUUAGCUCAGAGUCCCUUGUAGCACUGCCAGAAACCUUUUUUUUAAUUAAUAUGCAGAUAUUGUUUUAAUUAUAUUUUCUUAUACUGUUUAUUAAAGAAAAUAUAAUAGGUUGUGAAAAGAAAACAUUGAUUUUCUAGCAUCUACUUUCCAAGAUUUAAUCUUCACUAUGUACACAAUAAACCUAGUAUUUUAAGCAAAUUGAACUUCAGUAGCUGGAACAUAAAUAUGUUGAAUACCAUGGAAAUGUUAGAGUGGGUUAGAAGUCUCAUUCAAUAUUUUCUGUACAUGUAUUUUAACUUCCAUUCUCCAACUUUUGGUUAUCUUAGUGAUUUCUUGGUCAGAUAUCUUGAAGUGUUUUCUUGGUCCUGAAAAGCUUAAGAUAACUAAGUCUGACAAAGCACAAUAUUGUUUUUGAAAAAAAUAUGCUAAAAUACUGUAGAAGUACUUUUUUCCGCGUGGUAUUAAUUUACGCUAUGAAGACGGUCACAAAUUUUCCGCGCAAAUUUGCCCAAGCAUAUUUAAUAUAAAUGUAAGGCAUAUAGUGACAAUCUAGAAAAUCGGCUUAAUUUUCUACCCGUGGAUUAAACAGAAAUUGAGAUUCUGUGUAAUUAUGACCCUGUGGAAAAAAGUAUGUCUACAAUACAUUUAUUUACCCCAUUAGCUUCUCUAACAUCUUAUUUAUGCAAAUGUACAUUUUCUGACAAUUUUUUAUAAGUAUACUCUCAUGUACAUGUACUUCACUUCAAAAUAUACUGAAAGCAGCCAUAGUUAACCAUACUUCCCAAUAUUAUAAUGCUAGAACUGAAAGGUUCGUCCACAUUCAAAUGUAUCAUUACUCUACCCAACCAAUUUAUAUUGUUUUUGCAGUACCAUAAUCAAAAUUUAUACACUUGUCUGUGUACACUGUAAGUAUGCAGUUUUAAAUCUAGUCAUGACAGCUUAUAAGGAGCUGUAUAGUAAUACAGGUCAGAGGUUGGUAAAUCUGUUCUCAUAUACUGUUUAAAGGGUUAUUUUCGUCAAAUUAAACUUUCAAAUGGUUUUGGUCGAUUUUCAAUUCAUCCAUAUAGUUUUGUUUAAGAAAUUUUACAGUUCUGUGAAUUUCCCCAUUUUAAGUUCACCCACUAGUGCCUAGGGGGAAAAUAAAUGGGGGGCAAAAAUGUCCCUGUAUACAGUACUUUCUUCCAUGCUUUUCCUUGGCACAAAGGCUUGUCGCAUCUGUUGCUCUAAAUGAAUACAGCAUCCUAAAUAAUAAUAUUGUCAUUUUUCAGUUUGAAGGAUCUCGGAAGAAAAAUGAGACAAAGUAUUCAAUUUUUAGGACAGUGUUUUUGGAUAUCCAGAUGUUUUACCAUCUAUUAAUUCUUUCAAAGCUUGGUUAUUUUAUGUUGGAGGAAAUUUAAAAUCUCAGUUGUUAAACAGUUUGUAUUCACAGUACCAAUGAAUGUACAAAUGAAGUCAAUGUGUUAAUGGGGGCAUUAUUCAUUAGAUUUAGCAAAGUUUCAGAAGAUAUAGUUAUGAGCAUAUCACCUUAAAAAUCAUGUUAUGUAUUAUGAUUUUCUCUUUUGACAGAAUUCAUUUAAAUUGCAUAAGACUAUGAUGCAAUUAAUAUUGUUUUCCAUUUUUUAGUAUACUCAAAGAUGUAAUAAAUUGUUGAUUAAA